AUGUCUAAACCAGUACCAUGUGAGAAUGUAGUACAGCUGAUUGAAUGGUUUGAGAUGCCAGAUUGCUACAUUUUUAUCUUGGAGAGACCCGGCCCCUGCACAGAUCUUCGCCAGUUUCUAAAAGGUCACAAAAGUCAUCUGUUAGAACCACUAGCUCAGCACAUCAUGCAUCAGGUGGUUCAGGCCGCUCGACAUUGCUGUGACUGUGGCGUUCUGUAUCGAGACAUCAGGGCAGAAAAUCUUCUCAUCAACACAGACACACUGAAAGUAAAACUAAUUGAUUUUAGCUGUUGUGAUUUUUUAAAGGACACUCCCUACACCACUUAUCCAGGUAAAUGCAUAGUAGUUAUGGGACAGAAUUUAAUAAAAUGCAAUGGAGAACCCUUUGUGACAUAUCUGAUGCCACUCAUUUUUCUGGCUUUCUUUCUGCCUGAGUGGGUGUGUCAGGGUGAAUAUCAUGGUCGUCCUGCUACUGUAUGGAGUCUGGGAGUACUCCUAUUCGACUUGGUGUGUGGUGUGUCUGGAGGGUUUUAUGGCGUAGUGUCUACACCCUACGUAGUGCAGGACUCCUCCAGUAGUGAGUCAUUUGAAAUACGGCCUGUCUAA